GUGUUUUAACAGGCAGCGGACAAACUAGCUUUUAUUUUUUCCCCCUGGCAAAAUAGAUUCCCUAAACCAGCAGGGAUCAGGAAAAGGGGAUAUGAUGUGGCCCAACUUUUUCCUUCAGGACCGGGAGGAGCGCCUAGCUAUGCGCAGGCGGGGGGAGACCCAACGGCAGAAAAUUAUGACCGACGAGCAGGAAGGCAAGAUCAAGCUGGCAUUCUUUGUGGCCAUCGUGGGGAUGACCCUGACGGUGUUGGCGGUAGGCACAGAAUUCUGGGUGGAACUCAACACCUACAAACAGAACCACUCUGCCAUCUGUGAGGCCGCCCACUUCGGCUUGUGGAAAUUCUGCUACAAGAAACUCUGGGUCUACGAUGUGGGAGAAGAGAGAGACACCUGCGGGCCUGCGGAGCUGCCUGGCGAAGCUAACUGUUCUUAUUUCAAAUUCUUCACCACUGGGGAGAAUGCCAACAUCUUCCUAAGGACUACAAAAAAGGAACUGAACAUCACGGCAGCCGUUGUGUCCCUCCUCAGCAUCACCUUGAUGGCCAUGGGAUCCCUCUGUAUCACAAUGGCCCUGAGCAAAGGAGUCGAUUUCCUCCUGAAGCCAGCAUCAUGCUUCUUUGUAAUAUCAGGAUUGAUGGUGUUGGUGACUUUGGAGAUUUUCCGACAAUCAGUCAGGUGGCUGAUCACCUCCAAUGACAUCAUCCCACUAGAAUACGAGUAUUCCUGGUCUGUGGCUUGUGCAGUGUCUGCAGGGGCAAUUCUGAUAUUUGGGGGAGCUUGCUUCAUCCUCUUGUCUAUCCCAGGUUUGCCCAAAAAGCCUUGGGAAUAUUGCAUCAGAAAGAGAAGCACCAGUGACCAUACUUCCUAAUGUUGGAGGAAAAGUCUCUCUAACUUUCACUCUGCAACCUUUACACACAGAGGCGGAAAGAAUCAAUCUUUUCCAUUCUACCCCCUGCCCUAUUUCUCCAGAUAUUGGACACACUUUCCUUUCCUAUUUUGUGACUUGUAAAUAGAACCAGUUGUGCUUGUCUUGUUUUAAUUUGGGGUGGGGAAGCAAGGGAGGGGGACUGCAAAAAAAGGGCUCUGUUGAUGAACAAGUGAAAGCUGUGUAAGUGAACUGAGACACUAACAAAUCGAGGGAGGAUGAAGGCCUGUAUUUAAAACCCAGUUUUCAUAAAUAGUUAUUUUUAACUCAAUAAGAGGACUUGUGUCUUGAAAGUCUUUUAAAUUCACAGUGAGGUCAGACAACAAAAUCUCAUGUCAAUUUCCCAUCUUAGCCGAGUUCCACCCAGAACAAAAAUUACAAUUCAUCUGUUGGAAAAUUGAAAAAGCGUGAAAAUGAAAAGAACAAAAGAAUCUUGCAAUAUGGCUUGCAUGUUUUCUUUUGCAUGCCCUACGGAUUCACCCAAAAAUAUGGUCUCUAGCUAGGUCCUUUGAGAAUGAUAGGGAGACACUGAAGUUACCAAUCUAACUUUCCAAACCACAGGUGAAUUCUUAGCCUAUCAUUUGGGGAACCUGAAAAGGAUUCACAGGACUUUUGUUCAGAUGAAUUUCCAUCCAGCAUCCUGUCAGAUUAAUUAGCCAAAAUCUACAACAGUGAAAUCAAUGGACAGGCAGAAUUCUCAAAGAUCAUUCUUUUCCUCCCCCCUCAGUUAAGUAUCUUAUAUUAAAAUAUAUAUAUAUAUCUUGAAACUUUUCCAGUGAAUAAUGCUUCUAGAAGCAGAGUCCAGCUGAUAAGCUGACAUGAAUUGAAGCUCUCAGCUCAGAGAAGGCACAUAAAGACAGUGGAGGGAAGCCACUUAUAGCAGGAACUUUCUUGAUUUAAGAGUAACUUCUGAAGGGAAGUGGAGAGAAAGUUGCAAACAACUACAGAUUUACAACAUGAAUUUAUAUGUUGAUGCCUAACCAGAAUCCUUUGUCUGCUCUGGACACCCUAGCCACUCUCCAGUGACAAUGUUUAUCUUCUUGAUACAAUGGUUGUUUAAAGCACUUGGAGGCAGUUAUGUGAGCUGGGGAAUUCUGGAAGUUGAAAUCCACACUGCUGAAAAUUGCUGAACUUGAGAAAGACUGUUUUAAAACACCCAUGACAACGGUGUAGAAAUGAGCCACUAAGAAAAUUCUAUUGGACUUUGCCAUUUUGUGCUGAUUUUCCUCAAAAUCCAAAUAUUGCCCUUGGAUUGAUAAGGAUUAAUGCAACAAUGCAUCUUGGAAAGGACAGCAAACCAAGUUGCUUUGAUAAAGAAAGGCAGAGUUUUUCAGCCAUACUGGCUGGGGAAUUUUGGCAGUUGAAGUACAGCCAUCUUAAAGUUGCCAAGGUUGAGAAACACUGAAAUAGGAAAUAAAGAUGCAUGGAUGAUGUUUCUCUUCACUGCCUCAAUUUGUUCCGAAGAUAACCUCUGUUUUUAUGGAGACAGGAAGGACCAUUCCCAUUUCUUUUAUCCUGCUUUGCUUUGCUGUAUUUGGGAAAUGGGGGAGGGGGGUGACAAAAUUAUUUGGGGGGGGCAGGAAAUCAUGCCUUUUUGUUUCCCAGAGCCUGCUCUGUUUUUUGGAAAACUAAAUAAAUGUUUGAAGGACACCAUCAUAGUGGAUGGUAUUUUUGGUAAAUUUGUGUAAAUCACGCUCUUUUAUGGGUGGUGCAGAAUCAAUAAAAUGAUUCUACAGAAUAAUUCAUGGGGAUAGGCCAAUGGUGGCAAACCUUUUCGGCACUGAGUGUCCAAACUAAAUCAUGCACGCAUGCACGUGCAUGUGUGCGCUGGAAACCCGAAGACCAGCUGGCCGGUGCACAUGUGUGGGUGCGCCGGCCAGAUGGUGUUUGCGUGCACCAGAGCACUGAAAACCCGAAGAC